GAUAAAAUCAACGACAUGUACAUACAUAAUUGUUGAUUAAAUCUACAAGAUCAAAAACAAUAAAAUCUUCCUGUCCAUAGUAAGUGAUGAUGAUAGGGAAGCUCCUACUAUUCGGAAGAAGGCAACUUCACACAAUCAUUUCUCGAGAAAUAAUCAAGCCCUCAUCUCCAACCCCAUCUCAUCUCCAGACUUAUAAUCUUUCACGGAUUGAUCAAGGCAUCCCGCACAUCUAUAUACCUCUAAUUCUCUUCUACCCAAACAAGGAAGAUUGCAGUUUAACCGCUGAUGACAAAGCCCGAAAGAUGAAGAAAUCAUUGUCACAAAGCCUAACACGAUACUACCCAUUUGCCGGCAGGUUACACACACCAACGGCACCUUACAUCGAUUGUAGCAACGAGGGAGUUGUGUUUGUCGAAGCCAAACACGAUUGCCAACUAGACAAGUUCCAACAUAUGAGUGUAGAAGAUCACACUACAUGCCAACUUUUUGCUGAUGACAUGGUAUGGCAAAACUCUCCUCAUAGCACCAUGCUUGUAGGGGUUCAACUCAAUCACUUUGCAUGUGGCGGAAUCGGGUUGGCAGUGUCUAUGUCACAUAAAAUUGGUGAUGGCUGCACUCUUGGCUCUUACAUUAGUCAUUGGGCUUCAGUGGCGCGUUAUGGUUCCACUGAUCACAAACAGGUACUACCUCUUAAACCUCAUUUUAUUCAAUCCCCACCAAAAAUUCGUGUUCCCCAACUCAAAAAUAAUCCGCGUCCGCUUGAAACUUCGCUUUUGAAUCCAACGUGCAUUAAUCGUGUAAGCAGAAAAUUCGUGUUCCCCAACUCAAAACUAAAUGAUCUCAAAAAUAAGGUCCUUGCAGAAGCCGGAUCAACACUAUCUAUAAAUAACCCUACACGAGUCGAAGUAUUGAGCUCUCUCAUUUACAAAACCGCGGUGGCAGCAGCCACCCCAAAAUCAGGUUCUUUUAAGCCAUCUUUUUUAGUUAUUCCGGUGGAUAUGCGUAAGAAAGUUGUCCCUAAGCUGCCCCAAACAACCGUUGGAAACUUAGUGUCACUUAUGAUGGUCACCAGCCGGCAUGAAUGCGAAACUUCAUUAAGUACGGUGGUUUCAGAGAUAAAGAAACAAAAGAUGGAACUUGAAGAAGUUCAAAGUAUGCAACAGGUUUCUCAAAAGUUCCAGUUGUUUUUACAAAGUUUGGGGCAUGAAGAUAUAGAAAAUUUUGCCAAUAGAUCCUUUACGUGUUCGAGCUUAUGUGGGUUCCCUUAUAACAAAGUCGAUUUCGGAUGGGGAAAGCCAACUGGUGCAAGUCUUAUACUUUCAUCUUGGGACAGGACUGGUUUCGCGCUGACGGAUACUUCAAAUGGAGAUGGUAUUGAAGCACAAGUGACUUUAGUAGAACAAAACAUGGAAAUUUUUCGAAAUGACAAGGAACUGCUUACAUUUUGCCAAUAUUAACUGAACUGAAUAUACUGAUUGUUCAAAGACUAUGCCUUUACUUGUUUGUAUGUCAAUAAAACCCUUUGCAUUGAUAUGUAUGUAAAAUAUGUUGUUUGAUUUUAAAUUUCAUGGUAAAUUUAUAUGAUUUAAGCUUUCUGGUUGUU